AAGGUGCCCCCAUUGAGCGCAUUGUCAUCGUAACCUGAUAUAUGUGGUAUUUGUUCUGGUGAAAAUUCACCAUCGUUACACGCGUUGAACAAAAUUCUCGGCUUGGCCUGUUCGAGUAGAUCCGGACGAACUUCACCGUGAAGUCAUACGCGAUGUAACUAAUGACCGAAAAUUCUGUUUUAGUCUACCGAAUUGCGAGCAUCGGACCGAAGGAAGGUAGUAAGGAGUAACUGGGCGAAUUAUCGGUAAUUCGUGGAUAAUGGAAUUUUGCUGGAUGAAAGAAUCGCGGCCGAAAUCGAGGGAGAAUUGAGAGAGGCAAAAGUAAGGCGGAAGUUGGAAAAAGCUUUACCGACCGCGUGCAACGAGGGUUUGGAGGGUGGCGCCUUCGGCAAGGUCCGCUGUAGAAACGCAACCCUCCAGAGAGACGAGUGGCGGAGGAUCGACACGGCGGGGUGGUGGAACGAGAAACUCAUUUCGUGAAAGUGUCGGGGUGGAUUGGCGCUGUCAUAUGGAGGCAAACGAGGCGCCGUGUUAGGCACUCUGGCCUGCACGGACGCCUUGCUGUGCGCGUGUUACGGGGUAAAAAAGUGUUGGCGAAAAGGGGGUGCAAGCGGGUCGUGUGCUAAAAUUGAUCCUAUUAAUUCGGUGAGUGUCAUGGUAUUGGAUGUUACGGGGAAGUCGGAGGCGCGAGUGCAAGAGUACACGCGUUAACCGCGACCCUAAAUGGGUCAACCCAACCCAGCAACCUAACGUGUACUCGUUUCUUCUGCGAUUCACUGGUUGGCCUAGUUUCCUCGAGUGCGAGCGAGCAAAAAGAUACGCGACCUCUUCCUCGUGAAAAACGACAUCGAAAGUGCACUCUUCUUCACCUUUGAUUCUCUGACCGCCGUGGCCGUGGUUGUCGACGUCGCCAUCGUCGUGUCGCGACUCCGUUACUCCGAUCGAAGGUUGCUCGUUCGCGAAAGCAACCUAUGGAAUUCUUGCCGGCUACGGAAAUGCAUUGAUUGACACGCGAUCACGGUAGCGGGAUGGAUACAGAUCAUUAAGUGUUGAUUGCAUGUAAUAAAAAUGGCGUCCAGUAAACCACCGGAAAUGAAUUACACGUGCGAAAUUUGCGGUUUGGAAGGUUUCAACGACGAGGAGAUGAGGUCUCACAUGGUUUUUUAUCACCUUCAAGGAGCCGCAAAUUGUCCCUUUUGCGAUUUAGGUGAAAUUUCGCCAACAGAAAUGUUAACCCACGUUAACAGUGCCCAUCUCGAUUAUCUAACACCAAGUACGCCAGAAAAUGACAUGAUGGCAUUUAUCGAUGAUGAUUCAUUAGUGGAUGAUAGGAGACACGAUGAAUGCCGUGGUCCAUGUCCUUCUCCAACUAUGUCUCCGAGUCCUCCUCUUCUUCAAAAUGGUUGGAGCAGUUCAUUUAGUCCUCGUGCUAAGCAGCAGCAAGACAUACAAAAAUCAGAGCCACAAAUUCCUAGUGUUAAUGUGAACAAUAAUAAUAACAACAACAACAUUGGAAAUGUUAAUAAUGUGAUAGAAGGUGCAGCUGGACAUGGAUCUCCACUGCGUUCAGGCCUAAAUUUGCAAUUAAGAUCUCAUGCUUCGCCAAAACUUCUAGUUCAAGAGUGCCCUAUGUGUCCAUACAGUUCUGACAGUCCAUUAAGGCUAGAAGAGCAUAUCAAUAGACAACAUUUUGAUCUCACAUCACCGUCCUUCCCACCUGUAUCUCCACCAUCACGUGAUGGUGUUUUUAACUGCCCUCUGUGCAUUACAUCUUUUCCAAAUUCUUCUGAUCUUGAGUUACAUGUUAAUAUAGAACACAAAGAUAUCUUGAGUCCUGCGAAUGGUGCAGCUUCCCAGUCAGCUCAAGCGACCAUUGGUAGCGAUACACCUGCAUGUCCAGUUUGCUUCAGUACUUCGUUUAAAAGCAACGACGAGCUAACUGCACACAUUGAAGAACAUUUCAGUAAAAAAUGUACUCCAUCUCCCAUAACUCCAGACUUGUCUACCGAUAGAAUGUUAGCAAAAGAUAUGGAGAGACUUGAAAAGGAACUUAGAAAAUUACGCGAACAACGUGAAUUUGAGAUGUUAAGGGCGCAAUAUGGAAUGGACAAUCAGGGGAAUUUUAGAGAACAAAGCGUCACUAAUAUGCAGCGGGCUGUAUAUUCAGGAGAAAUGACUAUUGCUGAUUAUUAUGAAAGGCAGACAGAACUCAGAGUAGCCGAAAGUAGCGGUAUCGAUGAUGGUAGCUCUUGUAUACGUGGACUAGUUCCCAAGAUACGGGCUGUCAGUCAAGCAUGUAGUAAUGUAUUAAGCACCUGGGUGUGUUCUAAUGUAGACCAUUAUGCCACUACUUAUGGAGACAAGGGAUGGGGAUGCGGUUAUAGAAAUUUGCAAAUGUUAAUUUCGUCACUUUUGCAACAUACAGGGUACAAUGAGUUAGUUUAUAAAGCGUGGAAUUCUGGUUUGGGUAGCGGUAGUUCUACCAAGAAUCCACUACGAAGUUCUAUACCGUCGAUCUCUAGACUUCAGAAAAUGAUAGAGUGGGCUUGGGCUCAAGGUUUUGAUACUCAAGGAGCGGAACAGUUAGGAGGAAAAUUGGUGAAUACCAGAAAAUGGAUUGGCCCUACAGAAGUAGUCAUAUUAUUGUCUAGUUUGAGAAUAAAGUGCCAGUUGGUAGAUUUUUAUACACCAACUAAUUCUGAUGGUGGACAUCCUGAAAUGUUUAAUUGGGUUUUACAAUACUUCCAACGAUGCGAUGAUUUUAAACCACCUCUUUAUUUGCAACAUCAAGGUCAUAGUAGAACAAUAAUUGGAGUAGAACAAUUAAGAGAUGGUUCAAUAACCAUGUUAGUACUCGAUCCAAGCCAUAGUCCAGCACAAAUGGCACAAUUUAACAGUACAAGUAGUGCACUCGGUGCAAUGCGUUUAGUUCGCAAAUCGAUUGCAGCAAUGAAAGCGAGACAGUAUCAAGUCGUUGCUGUUACCGGUAUCAUGGAAACCGACUUAGAGUAUCAUGACAGCAAAGUAUUACGUUUGAUUCGCGUACCGCAAGAUAGGUGAGAUUUACUGGCUCGAACAGGAGUCAAAUCUUUUGGAAAGACGAUAGACUGCCUCAAACCAAUUUUGUCCAGCAUCCUUAAAGUUACAUGACCGCAAUGUUCUAGGUUUUAUCAUUAGGAGGUUUGCUCCACUGUAGUAGUUGCAAAAAUAUUAUUUAAUAAUAUAUUCUUGCAUUUUUUCGCCGUCAUGUGUCGGCUCCUCAAAUCACGUGUAUCGAAGCCUGUAUCGCGGUCCAGAGUUUUGGAGUUGAAAUCGACCGACGAAAGAACUAUAAAAAUUGUAAUUUCUAAAAAAUGUCUAUAUGUCGCGCGUAUUGAUCUUUUUUUAAAUCCAGAAUCAGCUCUGAAAAUAUUGUAUUUAAGAUGUGUGCUUGGGAAAGAGAUUUACAGUUACGAUGUAUUCAAAAGAUAAAACCAAUUUGAUCGCCGUUUCUUGGUCACAAUGUUCUGCUCAAUUUUCGUCGCACCGAACAGGCUGUGCUAAUUUUUAGUCGACCAAUCGUCCUAUGCCGAUCGGUUGCAUCAGCGAAAAAGCCAUGGCAGAGCUUGAAAAAAUGAGACUCUUUCGUAGCUGUGAUGCUGUUAUCGAUUUAAUGCUAUCACCAAUUCUAAAUAUUUUUGAAGACACUCCAUGUGAUCUAAAUAUUAAAGAAAGCAUUG